CAGAUCGGUUGAGCCCUGUAGUCGUCCAACUGGAGCGUCUGGUUGUGAUGUUUUGUGAGUUGUUGGGGGAGGGUUUAUCCUCUGAAGAAAAAUAUUUGAGACCCACUGCACUAAGGAAAGGUUAUAUAAAUGCUGGGGGAGUGCUGGAGGAGGAGUCAGUCGGCCAGGAGGAUAAAAGAAACCACGAAAUGUCACGAAACAUCACAUCACAACCAGAAGCUCCAGUUGGACGACUAGAGGACUCAACCGAUCUGCACAACUUCACCAGGAACAGACAUGGCCUCAGAUACCAUGACGGUGGCGGCUCUGAGUCGACCUUUCACCCUCGGAAUGUUCUACGAUGCUGUGAAAGACGAACUGAUUCCAGGUCUCACACUGUGGGAUGCCAAUACUCUAAAAGACAACACAGUUGAGAACUCUCAGCACAGCAGUAACUUUCAGAUUUCUACCUCUGACACCACUGAGUCCAAGUCCACUCUGCUGAAUAUUGAGGCUUCUUUGAAAGCCAGUUUCUUGGCUGGACUGGUGGAAGUCGAAGGAUCCGCCAAGUAUCUGAACGAUCAGAAGAGGUUCAAGAAUCAGAGCAGAGUGACUUUUCAGUACAAAGCUACCACCAACUUCAAACAGCUGAACAUGAUUCACCUCAGCACUCUGGACAAAGAGCAGCAAAGUAUUAUUCAGAGAAGCUCGGCCACACAUGUGGUCACCGCCAUCCUUUAUGGGGCGAAUGCUUUCUUUGUGUUUGACAGCGAGAAGGUAGAAGCUGACAGCGUUCAGAAAAUAGAGGGCAGCAUGCGAGCUCUGAUUAAGAAGAUUCCUGCUUUUGAUGUUGAGGGGAAAGUUGAAUUGAAGCUGACAGAUGAAGAAAAAGCCCUGACUCAGAAAUUCUCUUGUAAAUUCUAUGGAGACUUCAUCCUUGAAAGCAACCCUUCAACAUUCGAAGAGGCAGUGAAAACUUAUGCAGGACUACCAAAGCUGCUGGGAGAAGGAGGAGAAAACUCUGUUCCUCUGACGGUCUGGAUGAUGCCGCUGAAGAAUCUGGAUCCUGAAGUUCCUGAUCUGAUCAAUGACAUCAGCGUCGGGUUGGUGAUUGAAAUUGAAGACACCCUGGAUGACCUGAGUCAGAUGGAAUCCAGAUGCAACGAUUCCCUGGAUGAGAAAGUGGUGGGACAUUUUCCAUCUCUUAAAGAUGGGUUGACACGUUUCCAAAAGCUGUGCAGUUAUUACAAAGCUGAUCUCCAGAAGACCAUGGAGAAGACACUUCCCUCCAUCCGUGAAGGAAAAGAGGACGAGAGCUCACUGAGACAAGUCUUUGAGGAGAAAAAAUCACCGUUCAGUCAUAAUAAACUAAGCAAGUGGCUGGACUGCAAAGAGAGGGAGGUCAACGUGGUCCGGUCCUGUUUGGAGAUGAUGCCAGACAUAAAUAUCGUCACAGAUCAGACGGAGCUGGAAAGAGAGAUGCUCGCACCCGAUGCACAUGAUAGUUACUGCUUUGUUUUCACCUCUCUGGAAACUGCUGACCCCUGCCUGGAUGACAUGAGAAACUACCUGGAUGGACAGAAGUCAGGAAGCUCAGAGCCCACGUACAUCUCAGAUGAUGUUAUGAACCAAAUGAGAAAAAAGGCUAAUGAUUUCAAAAGCUUUAAAAAUAGUUUGACAGGUCCGCUGAAUAAAGUCUUUAUAACAGCCAUCUUAAACAAGAAGUACCCAGGAGCAUCGCUCUACUAUUAUGUUAUGGGCAACCUGAUGAAUGAAAACUUUCAGCCUCCUUCAAACCAGUGGUUUAGCUUUUUGAGAAAUCGUUGAGUCAUUUAAGACACAAUCACAGUCCUAAUGUUGAACCAAUUUGGAACAAAAUUUCCCUUUUUGGACAAUUUUUGUCCAAAUUUGGAAACCAAAUGUGGAGUAUUCUGACCACAUUUGUAAGUUAUUUUGGACAUUUUUUAAAUAAUUUGGGAAAAGCAUGCCGAUGUUUUUGAAAAC